GACGGCCACCAAGCAGCUGAGGAGAGAGCAGCCAGACGGACCCAUCAUGUCCGACAAACCAGAUUUUGCAGAAAUUGAAACAUUUGACAAGACCAAGCUGAAGAAGACAGAAACCAGAGAGAAAAAUCCAUUGCCCACUAAAGAAACUAUCGAACAGGAAAAGCAAGGUGAAAGUACAGCCUGAGCAUAAAAUUGAAGAUGUGACUGCUGCUUCUUCAGUGGGGUGUUGGCUUCUGAGUUGGGUUGUUUUGUUUUAUCCCCCCCCAUCCCAUGCUUGUUGCCCAUUUAUUUUGGCAAACAUUUGCUCAUUUAAUGUUCCCCGGGGAAUAAGUUUGUUUUGUGUUUGUUGAACAAGAUACAUGUAUUUGUAUUCUUAAAACUGUAAUUCUGAGUUCUGUAUCAACCCCAUUUCUUGCCAAAAAAAAGCAAUUUGCAUAAAAAUUGUUUUCCUAAACCUCACAAUAAACAGGUUUCUUCUGA